AUGUAUACUGAUUUAACACUAAUCAAUAUUCUCUUCUUCUUGGGUUUCAUUAUGCCAUAUGCAAUUAUUGUAAUUAUGGUAUGGACAUUCAAAAACAAUUCAAAGCGUCAAAAUGUUGCUACAAAAAACCUUGAAAAAAAUAUUUUAGAACUCAAGAAUGAAAUAUAUAAAAUAAAUGCUGAAUCAGAAUGGAAAAACGAAAUACAAAGUCAAGCUUCUAUUAGAAGUCAUAGAUCAGAAUAUUCCAAUGAAAUCGAAACAAUUUGGAAUGAAUUUAUCUACCUCUUUGAUGAAAGAAGAAAAAAAAAUGGAUAUUCUCAUACUAAAAUGUAUGAUGCAUUAUCCAAAGAAAUUAAGCUCAGUACUGGAACGUUAUCUGGAUUCUAUCGUCACCAAAGAAGACCACAAAUUCCAUC